UCAGAGAGUCAGAAGAGUCAGCCCGAGCCUGAGAAGAAAGACAUAAAAACCCUCAGCCUCUUCCCACCUUCCCUUACCCUCCUCAGCUCUGCUCUGACAACUACACUCGCUACAGUCGUUACUACUGCUUGCUGCACUUUGCACUUAAUACUUGUUUUUGCAACCAACCAACCAACCAAACUCAACCAAACCAAAAACACCAAACCAGUCACAAUGGGUUUCACUCGUGCUACCGUCGCCGGCCUCCUCGUUGGAGCUGCCAUGGCCUCUCCCCACUACGGCUACGGCAACGGCACCCAGUACACCACCGAGGUCGUCACCGCCUACACCACCUACUGCCCGGCUCCCACCACCCUGACCUACCAGGACAAGACCUACACCAUCACCGAGGCCACCACCCUGACCAUCACCGACUGCCCCUGCACUGUCAGCCACCCUCUCAAGCCCACCUACCAGCCUCCCAAGCCCGUCUACACCACCGAGGUCGUCACCAAGCUCACCACCUACUGCCCUGAGCCCACCACCCUGACCUUCAACAACAAGACCUACACCGUCACUGAGCCCACCACCCUGACCGUGACUGACUGCCCCUGCACCGUCACCAAGUCUCACACUGGUCCCGCUCCCACCGGUCCUGCUCCCGUCAAGCCCACCGGCGAGGCCCCCGUCCCCGUCAAGCCCACUGGCGAGGCUCCCGUUCCCGUGGCUCCUACCGGCACCGGCUCCACCCCCGAGACCCCCGCCGAGUCUGGACCCGCCGUCGUCGUCAACGCUGCCGGCCGCUUCGCUCCCGCCGGUCUCCUGGCUGCCAUUGGUGCCAUUGCCCUGUUCUAA